AUGGACGCUGCUACCACAACUAGGGAUGUUGCUACCGAUUUGUUUGAUGAUGGUCUUUUGGACUAUUGGAUGUCGCCAAUACCGCAUCGGUGGAAUCUUCGGGCUCGUGCGAGUCGUAAAUGUCCCGUUUGUAAUAAGAACCAUCCUCUUCGAUUUUGCUACAAAUUCAGGGAUAUGAGUAUGGAACGCAAGCUACGCACUGUAGCGUUGCAUAGACUUUGCUCUCGCUGUUUGUCAAGCGGACAUACCAGUCAAAAUUGCAAGAUCCCGGACUCGAUAUUGGAACCGUUCCUAGGAUUUCAGUUAGCGGAUCCAACUUUUAAUCACUCGGGUAAUGUAGCGUUAGUUUUGGGACCUGAAGUUGCUCCGCUUAUUUUAAAAGGGAAGAUACAUACGAGUCCUGGGCUUCCACUUGCUCAAUACACCAUUUUUGGAUGGAUUAUUUCAGGAUUAUCCCCAUACUAA